AACAGACCGGAGUCCAGAGUCAGGGCGCGUCUUUGAUGGAACAACAAAUCUACAAAGACUAAAACAACAAUAAGAAUGUUCCAUACUGGUGUGUCCUCCAAAACACCGGCGAAAGGCCAAAGCACACCAAAGAGGGGAUGUGUGUCCAGUAGACUCAAAGACACUGACCUCGAUGAAGACGUGACACUAGCUGUGAACCUCGCUUUGGAGAGGUUUCGCUCCAGUGACCAGAAAGAGAUGGAAUUUCCCUCGGUAUUUUCAAGUACAGAAAGGGCCUUCAUUCGUCGCUUAGCCCAGUCUCUGGGGUACAUCUCUAAAAGCAUAGGGAAAGGAUUACAUCGAUAUAUUACUAUCAGAAAAACUGAUGGUUCAGAAAAACAUCGAACAGUGCCUCUCACCCUUUCUCACAACACUUUGUGCUUGAUUUCGAGCCUGCAUCAGAGAUUUCCCAUCACCAGCAAAGAGCUCACAGACCUUCAUUUAAGCAGUAACAGCAGUCUGAGGAUGGCCAUUGAAGCUGGUGGUUGUGACAAAAAUAGAGCAAGUGGAUGUUUAAACAAUGGCAUUCCUAUGGUGCCCAGAAAAAGAAAUCGCACAGAUAUUGACAAUUUCAGGUGCUCUCUGCCAGUGUACCAAAAACGAGAGGAGAUUGUGCAGCUUAACACAGAAAACCGUGUCAUUCUGGUAGUGGGAGAGACCGGCUCUGGUAAAACUACACAGAUUCCCCAGUUCCUUCUUGAUGACUGCACUAGAAGGGGAGAGCCCUGCAGGAUCUUUUGCAAACAACCCAGACGCCUGGCCGCCAUCGCUGUGGCCGAGAGGGUAGCAGCAGAAAGAGGAGAGAGUGUGGGGCAAACUGUUGGUUAUUACAUCAGACUUGAGAGCAGGGUUUCUCCCAAGACACUUUUGACUUUCUGUACAAGUGGAGUGUUUCUCAGGACUUUGAUGGCUGGAGAUGCCAGUUUGACAUCAGUCACACAUGUGAUAGUGGAUGAAGUGCAUGAACGUGAUGGUCUGACAGAUCUCCUGUUGACAAAGAUGCGAGACAUGCUUCAGAAGGUUCCCACUCUAAAACUGAUCCUCAUCAGUGCUGCUCUGGAUAUAGACCUGUUUCUUCAGUACUUUGGGUCCUGCCCUGUCCUCCACAUCAAAGGAAGGCAGUUCGAAGUGAAGGAACUUUUUUUGGAAGAUAUUCUGAAGAUGACUGGUUACAAAGUUAAAGACAUGAAGAAGUACAAGGAGGAAAAAGAGAAAAAAGAAAUUAAAGAGAAGGUUUUGACAGAGUGGUGUAAAGUUGUGCAGAGCAGUUCUGUUGAGGCUCUGAAUGUAGCUGUGUCUGAGUUAGUACUAAGCCGUAGUCACCCAAACAAAGAAGGCAGCACCCUGUGGAAAUCAGAAGAGAAUGGCAUAGAUGUCCUUGAGCCAAGGCUGAUGACUGAGAUGGACAUGUGCAUUUCCAACAUCUUUCUUGGUGAAAAUCAAGAUGCUUUUACCCAAAUUUUUUAUCUAAUUCUCUAUGAGAAUGUAAAUGUCGAUUAUACCCACAGUGAGACCGGUGUUACCACUCUAAUGGUGGCAGCUGGUCGAGGAUGUAUUGAGCAGAUGGAACAACUCUUGAGCAUGGGGGCUGAUAUGAACAUAAAGGCAUCCAAUGGUUGGUCUGCAUUGGACUUUGCCGUGCACUUUAACCAGAUGGAUGCAGUGAAUCUACUCCAGUCAUCAAUCCCUCUUGGAAGAGUAAAUCAGACAGAUGAAACUGCUCUACUGCAGUGUGCUAGUGGAGAGCUGAGCCUAGAGGACCAGGAGCUGCUCGAGCUGUAUCACCACAGCUUUGACGAUGAGUAUGUAGAUCUGGACCUCAUUCUGACCCUUCUGCAUCACAUCUGUACCACCACCGCUGAAGGUGCUGUUCUUAUUUUUCUCCCUGGAUAUGAUGAGAUUGUGGCACUCAGGGAUCGCAUUUACUUUGAUGACAAAAGGUUUUCAACUCUCUCUGAAAGAUAUCAGGUGUUCACCCUACAUUCAGAUAUGCAAAAUUCUGAUCAGAAAAAAGCCAUGAAGACAUCGCCACCUGGUGUUAGAAAAAUUAUCCUCUCAACAAACAUCGCAGAAACAAGCAUCACUAUCAAUGAUGUUGUCUUUGUCAUUGACUCUGGAAAAGUCAAGGAGAAAUCCUAUGAUUCUCUGAGUCAUGUAUCAAUGCUGAAGACUGUUUGGGUCUCAAAAGCGAGUGCACUUCAACGAAAAGGAAGAGCUGGACGCUGUAGAUCGGGAAUCUGCUUUCAUCUGUUCAGCCGAGUCCGUUUCAACACCAUGCAGGAGUUUCAGGUCCCCCAGCUGUUACAGAUGCCUCUACAGAAGUUGUGUCUGCAGACCAAACUGCUAUCUCCUGCCUCUUGCCCAUUGGCCAAAUUCUUGUCUAAAGCUCCACAGCCUCCACCAGCACAUGCUAUACAAAAUGCUGUGCAGAUCCUCAAGGCCAUAGAUGCACUGGACCAACAUGAAGAUCUCACCGAUUUGGGCUCCCAUUUGGCCGAUUUGCCCAUAGAGCCACAUCUGGGCAAAAUGGUUCUCUGUGCUGUGGUGCUGAAGUGCCUGGACCCCAUCCUCACCAUCGCCUGCACCCUUGCCUAUCGAGACCCUUUUAUACUACCUGCCCAGGGCUCUCAAAGGAGAGCUGCUCUACUGUGUCGCAAAGGCUUUACCUCAGGCACCUUCAGUGACCACAUGGCCCUGCUCCGAGCCUUUCAGGCUUGGCAAAAAGCUCGUAGUGAAGGCUGGGAACGAUCCUUUUGUGAAAAGAACUUUCUUUCUCGGGCAACUCUGGAUAUGAUACUGGAAAUGAGAACACAGUUGCUGGGACAGCUGCGUGCCAUUGGUUUUGUUCGGGCACGAGGUGGUAAUAACAUUCGAGAUGUAAAUCUGAACUCUGAGAACUGGGCGGUGGUAAAGGCAGCACUAGUGGCUGGGAUGUAUCCAAACCUUGUCCAUAUUAACAGGGAAGCCUCUCUCAUGUCUAGCAGCAAAGAGAAAAAGGUUCAGUUCCAUGCAACGUCAAUUUUAAGCCAGACCCAGUUAAAAGAGGGUCUCUCAACCAAGAAGGCACAGAUGCUUCCAACAGACUGGCUCAUAUUCGAUGAGAUGAGAAGAGGCCGAAGAAGGGCCAGUGUUCGCUGUUGCUCUAUGGUGACCCCUGUCACUAUUGCUAUUUUUUGUGGUUCUACAAAAUUCUCAAGCUCUGCCCUGCAUGAACCUGCCUCUUUAAAAGAUGGUUCAGUUAAUGUCACAAGUGACAGUGACAGUGACUCAGAGGAGCUGGCGGAGAUGAAGGUUGAUGACUGCCUUGUUUUUCAGUUGGACAUAGAAGCAGCAGGACUGGUAUCUGAGCUCAGGCAGAAAUGGCAAAAUCUUUUCAUGAAAAGGCUAAAAUGUCCUUCAAAGUUCUGGACUCAACAUGAUGAGGCUGUCUUACGCACACUGGUUUCUAUGCUUUCAGAGGAGGAGCAGAGAGCAGGCUUACAGCAACCUAGAGGGAUAGGCCAACGACCCUGGCCAAUAACCUCUGAAGUGGAUUACCAGCCAACCUUCAAAAGCUCCAAGAGCAGCCCUCAAAGCAGCACAGAUGACCGGUAA